AAGUUCCCAUCGCCCCUUGCGCGCAGAGCGGCCUGGUCUGGUCGCCAUGGAGACAGCCGCGGUGCUGCGCGUGAAGAGGAAGCGCGGAGGCCCUUUGCCGGCCGAAGCGCUGGUACUGGCCUGCAAGCGCCUCCGCACCGAGCCUGGGGCUGUCGCUGCCGCUGCCGCUGCCGCUGCCGCUGCCUCUUCCCCCGGCGAGGGUGAGAUAGAGAAGACUCUCUUCAAGCUGGUGGCCACCGUAAACUCGGAGGCUGAACCUGUUCACAAAUACAUACAAGAAGCUUUUACCCAAGAGAAAGGAGGCCGGAUCCUGCGACCUGCUCUGGGGAGUGCUCAAAGAGUAAUUCAGAAUCUUCGUUCUUCGAAGCAGGCCAAAAGGCAGGAAAGCCGCUACCGCCUGAUCACUAGCCUUCGUCCAGAUCCCAGUGAUGGAGAAAAUGCUGUCCUUGGCGCAAAUGAGAAAAAAUCAGAUGGAAACGAGGAGUUUUCCACUUCUGAGAAAGAAAAAAAUGAUGGCACCUCAGGCUGCUGCAGAGACUUUCAGUUCUUUGAUAUUAUACAGGAGGAUGCAGAAGACGAUACACCUGCUUCCCACAAAUCUGAUCCGGAUGUGAUUCUUUGCAACGCUGUAGAGAUGAUUCGUGAACGUCUAACAGUAUCUGACAAUAAUAAAGAAGCUGAGCAUUGCUUAAACAAAGAAGAGUAUGUCUAUGAUAUUUACUGCAUGGAAACAGCUGCUCCAGGGUGGAUUGAGAACAUCCUCUCUGUACAACCCUAUACCCAGGAUUUUGACUUGGUGGAUGAAGAACGCAUCCCCGAGGAAAUAUAUGAAGAUGAAGAUGAUGAGAAUAAUGAGAACAACUGGCGUAAUGACUACCCAGAUGAAGAUGAAUUUCUUGAUGAUGAGUCAGAGCAUGGGGACACCAGUGAUGAAGACUGCGGGUAUAUCAGACGAACAUGGGAAAAGUAUGAAUCGGAAGUCCUUCAGGAGUUUGAUUAUGAUGAACCGAAGGAACUGGAUUCCGAGUAGCUUGCAGGACCUUUUCUAUUCACGAGACUCCGGGUGUGACGCGGCCUUAGCAAUCUGUGGUACCACAACUUUCACCUGUCACACUGUUUUUGCCGUAGCACCUUCAACUUAAGAGAAAGCAGACUGCCUUAGCACACAUGGCCACUAAGAUGAAACGAUCUAAACUACCUUUGCAGUUUUUGGAUCUGAAACGUGGCACUGUGUCAGAAGAGCCUGAACUGAAAGACAAAUUUGGUCAUUUUGGGCUGCCUGACCGCUCCUUCUGACAUCAAAGGCAGAUGUUUCGAGAAGAAAUCUCCUAAAAAGAUCAUCUUUGCUACAAAACUGGAAAUGUUGCUCCUUAGUGAAGCAAGCAGCGUGUUCUCUUGCAAAGUAGUGCUGGGUCACUGCCUUCCUUGCAGACAGAUCUGUGGCUUGAAAAUGAUUGUUCAGAUUGGAAAUCUCUGCACCUUAAUAUUCCUGGUUGCCAAGUAUAUACAGUAUAG